CCCCGGGCCGGCCCCGCCGCGGGACGCCCCCCGCCCGCCCCGCCAAUGAGGGCCGCGGCCGUCACGGCGCCGCGUCACGCGGGCGGCCGCCAAGAUGGCGAAGGUGUCGGAGAUGUACGACGUAACUUGGGAAGAUAUGCGUGAUAAAAUGAGGAAAUGGAGGGAAGAAAACUACCGAAACAGUGAACAGAUAGUGGAUGUUGGAGAAGAGUUAAUUAAUGAAUAUGCAUCUAAACUUGGAGAUGACAUUUGGAUAAUAUAUGAACAAGUGAUGAUUGCUGCCCUGGACUGCAGUCGAGAUGAUUUGGCAUUGUUUUGUCUUCAGGAACUAAGGCGGCAGUUUCCUGGGAGCCACAGAGUUAAACGAUUGACUGGAAUGCGAUUUGAAGCUAUGGAAAGGUAUGAUGAUGCUAUCCAGUUAUAUGAUAGAAUUUUACAAGAAGAUUCAACUAACACAGCAGCAAGAAAGCGUAAGAUUGCCAUUCGAAAAGCCCAGGGGAAAAAUCUUGAGGCCAUCCGAGAGCUGAAUGAGUAUCUGGAACAAUUUGUUGGAGACCAAGAAGCUUGGCAUGAACUUGCAGAACUUUACAUCAAUGAACAUGACUAUGCAAAGGCAGCUUUCUGCUUAGAGGAGCUUAUGAUGACUAAUCCACACAACCACUUAUAUUGUCAGCAGUAUGCUGAAGUUAAAUACACUCAAGGGGGACUUGAAAACCUUGAGCUAUCAAGAAAAUAUUUUGCACAAGCACUGAAGCUUAACAACAGAAAUAUGAGAGCUUUGUUUGGACUUUACAUGUCCGCCAGCCAUAUUGCUUCUAAUCCAAAAGCAAGUGCAAAAAUGAAAAAAGAUAAUAUGAAAUAUGCCAGCUGGGCAGCUAACCAAAUAAAUAGAGCAUACCAGUUUGCAGGUCGCAGUAAGAAGGAAACUAAAUACUCUUUGAAGGCAGUGGAAGACAUGUUGGAGACCCUGCAAAUCACUCAGUCUUAGGUUGGCACAGAGAUCCAAUAUUACAUUUUCCAUUUCCGUGAUCAACCUGUAAUGACCUAUGAGUUAUGUUACUCUAGUGCUGUUAAAAGGUUAAUUUUGUAUUGAUUAAUGUGCUAUCUAAAAUAAUGUUUUAUGGAAAGUAAAAUGCCUAUUUAUUGCUGCUAAAAGAAAUGUGAUGAAUACUCACUGAAAUGAAUAACUUAUCCACACAGACAACAUAAAGAAAUUAUGUAUGCUGCACGUUAGUCUCUUCAGAUUUUUGUAUCUACAGUAUCUGCUUUUAAGCCAUAAUUUGUAGAAAUAAACUUGUUAAAUGAUUAAAAAGAAAUUACAGUGAUUCAUUUGGACUUGCAAAUAGAAGUUACAAAUUUAUGUGUGUAGAUGAAUAAUGUAUGUUAGGCAUUUUUAUCUUAUUUGCAUAUUUAAUAGUGAAGGCAUGAGAUGUAUACUUGCUGGUAAAUGUUUACCGUACAGCAAGGAGUGUUUAUCAAAUACACUUUAUUAGAGAAA